AUGCCUUCGGAAAAGGUGCCGUUCUAUGACCCGGUGCCGCCGACGUACGAUGAGGCAUUGGCCGGCAGCAGCCGCGGCUGGACGCCCUCGCACACCCGAGACGCCAUCGACGAGCGCAACGCGACCGAGACGGAAUCGCGGUCACUGCUGCCCCGAGGCGGCGGCGACAGCAGCGGCCAUGGCCAGGGCUCCAGCAGAAGGCCCGACGGCUACCGGGCGCCGACGGUGGAAACGGACGACGAGGACAGCCUGUGGGACAGCGACAGCGAUGCCGACGAGACGGACCAGGUGCGCCGCGAGAUGGAGGAGCUGGAGAUUGACGAGCCCAACCGCACGGGCGGCUCGCUCUGGGGCAAGAGGAUAGGCUUCAACCUGUCGCUGCCGGCGUGGAAGUGGUCGUGGCGGCCCAGGCUGCCGCGGAUUCGCAUCCGGCUGCCGUCGCGGCCGUCCGCAGCGCCCGCCGACAGCACUGCCGCCGCCGCCGAGGAGGCCGCCGUCGAUCGGGAGGACCUCGACAACGUGCGGUCGUGGAUGCGCGACUUUGCCUUCCCCAAGGUCAACAGCAUGAUGGUGAUUGUCACCGUGGCGCGGCUGCUGGCGCUCGCCAUCGUCAUCGGCUUCAUGUACUUCCUCUUCGCCAGCGGCAUGCUGACGGGGCUGACCAACGGCGUCAACAACGGCGGCAUGCGCUUCGACCCGGAGGACCUGCGCGUCCACCUGCAGAAGAGCGUGGAUCCCAGGAGGAUGCGCGCCGCCGUCAAGAUCUUCUCGAGCUACGCCCACAUUGCCGGCACCGAGGGCGACUACGCGACGGCGCUCGACGUCGAGUCCAUGUUCAACAAGGCCGGCCUGGACAUUGUCGAGAUGGACGACUACUACGUCUACCUCAACUACCCGCGCGAGAACGGCCGGACCGUGCAGAUCCUGGACGAGAGCGGCGAUUAUGCCGUCUGGACUGCCGCGCUCGAGGAGGUUGAGCGCGGCGGCGAGACGGCGGGCAAGCAGACGCCCGUGUUCCACGGGCACUCCAAGUCCGGCGACGUCCGGGGCCCGCUGAUUUACGCCAACUACGGAUCCCGGGAAGAUUACCAGAAGAUCAAGGACAUGGGCAUCAAUGUCACCGGGGCGAUUGCCCUGGUUCGAUACUACGGCACGCAGACGGACCGUGGGCUCAAGGUCAAGGGGGCGGAGCUGGCGGGCUUUGCGGGCUGCAUCAUCUACAGCGACCCCAUCGACGACGGCUUCCUCAAGGGCGACGUCGCCCCCAACGGGCGGUACAUGCCCGAGGACGGCGUCCAGCGAGGCUCCGUCAGUCUGAUGAGCUGGGUGGUUGGCGACGUGCUGACGCCGGGCUGGGAGAGCAAGAAGGAGGUGCCUCGCCUCAAGGUCAACGAAACCCCCGGCCUGGUGCAGAUCCCCAGCCUUCCGCUCUCGUGGAGAGACGCGCAGGUCCUGCUCAAGAAUCUCCAGGGCUUUGGGCAAAAGGUACCGGCCGAGUGGAAGGGCGGCGUGCCAGAGGUGGACGAGUGGUGGACUGGCAACUCGUCGUCGCCGGUCGUCCGUCUGCAAAACGAGCAGGAUGAGAAUGAGAAGCAGCCCAUCUGGAACGUGUACGGCAAGAUCAUCGGCAUGGAGCAGUCCGCCAAGUCCAUCAUCCUGGGCAACCAUCGAGAUGCGUGGGCGUUUGGCGCGACUGAUCCGCACACGGGCACGGCCAUUAUGGUUGAGCUGGCUCGCAUCUUUGGCGACUUGGUGGAUCGCGGCUGGAGGCCCCUGCGGUCGAUUGAGUUCAUGUCGUGGGAUGCCGAGGAGUACAACCUGAUUGGGUCGACCGAGUUUGUCGAGAAGAACCUCGAUUCCCUACGCGAGAACGCCUUUGCCUACAUCAACCUGGACACUGUCGUCUCUGGUGGCGAGUUGCGAGCUUCCGGUUCGCCGCCCCUGCGCAAGAGCCUGUUUCACGCCAUGGAACGGGUCGUCGACCCCAACUUCAACACCACUCUCAAGGACCUAUGGGACCGUCGGGGUGGCACACUGGAGGGUCUGGGAGCGGGUAGCGAUUUCGUCGCUUUCCAAGACAUUGCCGGGACGAGCUCGCUCGACCUCGAGUUCAUAGGCGAGCCGUUCCCCUACCACUCCAGCUACGACAACUUUGAGCUGAUGGACCAGGUGAUCGACCCCGGCUUUACGUAUCACGAGCUGCUGGCGCAGGUCGUCGGCCUCAUCAUUCUCGAACUGGCGGAUCGGCCCAUUCUGCCGUUUGACAUGGUCAACUACGGGCGCAGCCUCGAGGCGUGGGUCCAGGAGCUGGAGUCGUGGGCGAAGGAGGAGGAGAAGAAGAAGAAGAAGAAAGAGGGCGACAACAAGAGCGUCCUGAAAUUCGAGGAGCUCAAGGACGCGGCGGCGACGGUCUCGGUCAAGGCGCAGCAGUUUUCCAAGUGGGAGAUGGAGUGGGACCGGCUGGUGAUUCGCAGCGGCGGGUGGGAGACGAAGGAGCUGGGGACGGCGAGGAUCGAGUACAAUGACAAGAUGGCUGCGUUUGAGACGGCCCUGUUGGAUCUGGAGCUCGGCGGCGGUAUUCCCAACCGGACGCAGUUCAAGCACGUCGUCUUCGGGCCGCAGCUGUGGUCGGGCUACGACGAGGCGUUUUUCCCUGCCGUCCGGGAUCUCGUCGACGCAGGGGCGUGGGACGACGCCAACAAGUACAUUGCCAAGACGGCCGCUCUGAUGAAGAAGGCGGCGGCGAUUCUGGAGCUGUAA